ACUCCAGCGUCGCACGCAGUGAGCUGCGAAAAGGCCGAUCUGACCAAAUAAUAAUACCUCGUCACUAUCGUAUCAGUAAUUUGUAGUGCUAACUAAAUUUCUUUUAAUUGAAGUCAGUGGCGGGGCGGUGUCGUGACCCAACCUUCUAGCAAUUACAGAUAAAGGAUCUUUCAUUUCACGAAGGUUUUAAUUACUCAAUGUCUUAUAAAAACUGCAAUGUGUAUGUGAAUUAGUCGAGUGAGUAAGUCAGUUUAUCAAUAUGAGUCCAGUUUUUACUAUACAGAAAUUUGGACUCGGAAUGUCUACGGGACAGCCGCCUAGAGAAGAGGAGCCAGGAAUUAUACGACGACAGUUUGAAAGGAUCACGCGCAAUGUCCGUCAGCGGAUUAGUGGUGAAGCUCGAUCGAAGCCACCGGACUGGUUCCUUGACAAGUUUUCGAAUCAGAGCAUCACCGACCCCGAAGAACCAAUGUAUAAGGCAAAGAAGUCUAAAUUCCUUUGUGGCCUAAAACUGGCAUUCGAUCCAACCGAACAAUAUUACUAUCGGUGGCUCACUGUCGUCUCCCUGGCCAUACUGUAUAACGUCAUUGUCGUAAUUGGACGAGCGGUUUUCUGGGAGCUGGGCACCAUGACCAAAUUGUGGUACACGCUCGACUACCUGUGUGACAUAAUUUACGCCAUCGAUACAGUCAUACAUGCGCAUGAAGGUUAUUUAGAUCAAGGCCUCAUGGUAAAGGAUUCUCACUACCUUAGGCUAAAUUAUUUUAAAUCUGACGCAUGGCCCUACGACAUUCUUUCUCUUAUACCGACAGACAUAGCAUACAUGUGGUGGACACCAGGAUCUUGCAACUACGAUCGUUUGCCAUGCCCUGUUAUUGUACGACUUAAUCGACUAUUGCGCCUUCCUCGAAUGUGGGAGUGGUUCGACCGCACUGAGACGGGCACUAGUUAUCCGAACGCUUUUAGAAUUUGCAAGGUCGUUAUGGCAAUUUUAGUCCUGAUUCACUGGAACGCUUGCCUUUACUUCGCGAUCAGCUACGCUAUUGGAUUUGGCACUGACAAUUGGGUUUAUAACAUUACCGGAGUUCUUAAUGAGACAUUGGCACACCAAUACAUUUACAGCUUCUAUUGGUCGACCUUGACUUUAACGACGAUUGGCGAGACUCCCCAACCAGAAAUUGAUGUCGAGUAUAUAUUCGUAGUCGCUGACUUUCUGGCAGGUGUUUUAAUUUUUGCAACUAUAGUAGGCAAUAUCGGAUCGAUGAUAUCUAACAUGAAUUUGGCAAGAGUGGCAUUCCAAAACAAGAUGGACAGCGUAAAACAAUACAUGGCUUUUCGAAAAAUAACUGGCGAAUUAGAGGCAAGAGUGAUUCGUUGGUUUUCUUAUACAUGGGCGGAGAGUGGAGCUUUGGACGAGGAAAACGUAUUAUCUUCUUUACCAGACAAACUGAAAGCUGAAAUCGCUAUUCGGGUUCAUCUCGAUACACUGCGUAAAGUACUAAUUUUUCAAGAUUGCGAGCCCGGUUUACUGGAAGCUUUGGUUUUGAAAUUGAAGCUGCAAGUCUUCAGCCCAGGAGACUAUAUAUGCCGCAAAGGUGACGUUGGCAAGGAAAUGUAUAUCGUCAAGCGGGGUAGGCUUCAAGUGGUAGCUGAUGAUGGUACAACCGUUCUUGCCACUCUGAGUGCAGGAUCCGUUUUCGGUGAAGUCAGUGUUUUGGAUAUUGCUGGUAACCGAACUGGUAACAGGCGCACGGCUAACGUCAGGUCAUUGGGAUAUUCCGAUUUAUUCUGCCUGGCUAAGAAGGAUUUGUGGGAAGCUCUAGCAGAUUAUCCAGAUGCCAGGGCUACUUUAAUUGCACGUGGUUGUCAAUUACUGCGUAAGGAUGGGCUACUAGAUGAACCUACAUUCGAAAACGCUCAAACGACCCAUCAAAGCUUACAUGAAACCGUUCGCAAAAUGGAAGCCAGGAUUACUAAAUUGGAAAACAAUAUAAAAAUGACACUGGCUACCAAUUUCGAAAAACAGGCUUUGUUCGAUCAGAGAAUAAGUAGAGUUGAGAUAAGGUCUCUCCAUAUUCAACCACCAAGAAGGAACUCUCGUGAUCCGGUGGUAUUACGUCAGGAGAGUGCCAGGUCAGAGGAAGUGGAAACAAAUGGCCCGGUACAAGCAGGUUCAUCCAGAAACACCCUGAACAUUCCAGCUAGGGAACGAGGAAACUCUCUUAGCGUUGAGCGUACUCCACGUCUAUUGACUGUCGCUUCUGCGCCAAGGAGCAGGUCAUUACGACUGAAGCGGUUUGAAACUGAUGGUUCAAAUUGAAUUCGCAGAAGCGUAUAGUAUGAUUAAUUUAGAAAUGUUAAUGUUGGUCUAGAAAAGAGCUUUGAAAAUUUACAUAAUUGUAAAUUAUUUUUGAUACCUGGAAAAGGCUUUAUAUAAAGAUGUUUGGACUUUAAAUUGAAUAGGAAAUUGUAAAUUAUACUUUCGGGAACAUGGCUUGGGUUGGUGCUGAAGGAAAAUGUUAGAAACGUAUUUUGAUAUUGUUUUUAAUUAUGAUUGUUUUCAUAUCAAACAAGCUUUAUGAUAUGAAAAUAAUUGUCAAACUUAUCUGUCAGACGGUUAUCUUGAAAUCGUUUUAAUCGAUCAUUUUUCAUCGAGAGAUAUUUCAAAAAAUCGCUGAUAUAGAGCUAUAUUACAUAUUCAAAAUUUUAUGAUAGUGUAAGAUUAUUACUACUAGUAUUUUCAGCAAAUUGAUUUUGCUCAUAGUUCUAAGUAUUUAUUAUUUAUCUUUGAUAUUCAUACACGUAUUUUCGAUAUAAAUUUAUGUUAUAUAUUACAGUCAAUGGUACGUGGCUUUAACGUUACAUGUACGUAACUGACAUAAUAUUUCCUACCCUUAUAUACACUUACUUAUAAUGUAAGCUAUAUAUAUUUGAUUUAAAAAUAUUAAGAAUCUUAUGUCAGUUUACGAAUUAGGAAUACCAUUUAAUAUCUUCUAGUAAAAUAAGUAAGUGGUCUCUAUUGCCAAAUAUAUCACCAAAUUUUUAAUAAUUGAAUGAAGUUUGUGACAAUUCUGCGAUAUCGACAUUAUACCAUUGAAAAUAUU